AUGGCUCACUCCUCGGCCGCCAACGGCCCUGGCUACCAAACAUACGCAGUUCCUCUGGCUGGUGGAAAGAGGAAGCGAGCUACUGCGAACAGCCAGUCAGAAUUGCCUGAACCCAAUGCGACUCCCAUCGCAGCGCGUUCGAAGAGGAGUCGCCCCAACGAAAAGGAGUACAACGCCAAGUAUAUGGCUGAGAUGUGCUUCAGCGCGUACAAGGCGCGCUUACACAUCGCCGGCUAUUCGCAGUAUACUGCCGACGUUGCGAACGACUGGCGAGAGGAUCUUGUCGAGUUGUUCAGCCACGCCGCGUUGAAAGGAACCAUCAAGCAGAAUGCAGCGGCUCGUCAUGUCAUCCCUCGUCUGACAACUCUCAUCCCUCAAAAGAACGAAAAGAAGGGCGCGCUUGUGAAGGACUUUGCGAAGCACUACGAGACUGUGCGAAAUGACAUGAUAGUCAUCGACAGAGUCAUGGGAAAUGGCUUCAAGGUCAACGCACAAUCCAUCGUCGAAGUACGCGAGUGUCUCAACGGCCUACACUAUACUCUCGCCAAAGGAGAGCAAUGGCGCAACGUCAUGCCUUACAUAUCGCUGCCAAUAUACCGGCUCCGAGCCCUCCGCGACCUGAUAAAGUACUCACGGUCGCACCACCUCCUCGGCGAUUUGGUCACCAACAUUGAAGAAAUGGAAGGCUGGCUCAGCCCGCCACCUGCGAGCUUUAUCUUCCCAACCGGGUCGAUCGACGAGACGAUGGAGACGUUGCGGAAAGCAACCGAGGACAAGAUUGCGAGGACCAGCAUCGGCCCCGACGCACAGCAGAUGGCAGAAUACCGAGCGCAAAAGGCCGAAGCCCUACGUCUGCAGAAGGAGGAACGGGCCCGUCAGCAAGAGAAGCAACGUCUUGAAGAAGUCCAACGAGCCCAAGCGGAACGAGAGCAGCUAAAGCAACAGAUCAAGUCGCUUGAGAUGACCGCCGCGAAGGAACGCGCUCAAGAGAGUGUGAAGAAGGCCGCAAAAGCUGCAGCAACGGCUCAACGCGAGAAAUCGUACCAGGACCAGAUUUCGCAACAAACGACUGAGAUCAACAGACUCAAGACCGACCUAGCCAACUUGUAUGCGAGGCAGGGAGCCCAAAAGAAGCCCGAAGCCACUUCGACAUUGUCGCUUCCAGCUACUGCAGGAAAGAGCGGCACUUCAAUGAACUCUUCUUUCAGUAGUAAUCAGACUGCCAACAGUAGCUUCUACCAGCCACAGAGCUCUCUAGGCACUUCCUUCGGAAGCUCUGUGAACGUUGGGUCAUAUGGUCAGCCAGGUUCAUUCGGCCAGGUAUCACAACAUCCUACGCCGAAAGACGACGACGUUCAAAUGACGGACUCUCGAGGAUUCGAUAGCUCGCAGCAACACCCGGGCUUUGGUCCGGUCGAUUUCUCCACGUCAAUUACACGCGGUGUGGGCCAGUCAAACCCCUUCAAUACACGUGUUACCAAUGGCGCUCCCUCACAUCCAUUUGGAAUGUCAGCCGGCGACGACAUCAUAAACCACAUCCAAGCCAUCCAACAAAACUGGUUCAUCCACCCCGCGACCUCAGAAGAACCCAUCCUUCCACCCUCACUCCUCGCCGGCGUCCCAAUCAACUGCCUCCCGGCCCCAAUUAUCCAAGCCAUUCACGAACUCUCGACACUAACAAUCGGCCAACGAGACCGAGCGCACAACCUCCUAAACACCUACUUCCAAGCGCGCAUUCGCGAAGGCUCAUACAGCGGAAAAUCCCAAAGGAUCUUCGCCAUCUUGGAAAUCAGUGAUGUCAAAAAGGCAUGUGAGAGUUUACGAAGAAUGAGCCGAGGCCGCGAAAUGCAAGGGCCCGUUCCAAUCAAAGAAGAUGAAACGAGGAAGAGGAAAUACUCGAUUAGACAGGAGAUGAAUGCCGUUACUGCGGAUGAAGAAGACGAAGACGCACAAAGAUUAGCGAAACGACUGAAAGAAGAACUCUGUGUCAUCUCCGAAGACAACAACACUACCAACAACAACAACAACAACGAGCCUAGCACGCCAAUUUGCAUCAACUUCGACGAUAUACCCACGCCCCCGGAUUCCCAAGCAACGAUAACGGCAACACUUCCUUCGACGACCACCACACCCCAGACGCAGCGCCGCUCCCGACCCCCUCCGAUUGUCAUUGCUGAGAUCCCCACGCCUACUGCUACGUCGCCUGGCAUCGUUCCACCGUUCUCGUCUUUCACGCCCCUGUUCAAUAGCCUAGCUCGGGAAUUUGGAGGAGAUCCGGAUACGCCUUGUCCGGUACGACAGAACACUUACGAACCCCCAAAAUCAGAUCUCCUAAACAUUGCGGAUAACAGUUACGGUAGCGACAAAAUCACCGGCAACGAUGAGGCCAGCGGCACUCUCUUUGAAUCAUACAUGCGCGAUACAUAUCCAGCGCCGAGGAUAGAUCCUCGUGUCCAGGCAGCGCAGAGAGCAACGCAUGAGUUUAACGUGAGGAGGAUGGAGGUGAUUGAGGCGCAGAGAGUGUUUGAGGAGGCGAGGAGGAGGUUUGGAGAGGCGAAACGGAGGAUGGGAAGCAUAAGGGGCGGCGGGAUGUGGCCGUGA